CCACCCAAGUCCUCCGGGUUGGAGGAGUUAGUUAGCCAAGAGCCGAGCCCGGACGAAGCCCACCAUCCUCGCGUCUGCAUCCUAACACUUCGCGCAUGGUGGAUAUUCUUUUUAAUUAUCCUUUUCUGGGUGCUAUGGGGGAUCACUCCAAGAAAAAGCCGGGGAUUGCCAUGUGUGUCGGCUGUGGGACUCAGAUUCACGACCAGUACAUCCUCAAGGUCUCUCCGGACCUCGAGUGGCACGCAGCCUGCCUCAAGUGCGCCGAAUGCAGCCAGUACUUGGACGAAACCUGCACGUGUUUUGUGAGAAACGGCAAGACGUACUGUAAAAGGGACUAUAUCAGGUUGUUCGGCAUCAAGUGUGCCAAAUGCAAGGUGGGUUUCAGCAGCAGCGACCUGGUGAUGAGAGCCCGGGAGAACGUGUACCACAUCGAGUGCUUCCGCUGCUCCGUGUGCAGUCGCCAGCUGCUGCCCGGGGACGAGUUCUCCCUGAGGGAGCACGAGCUUCUGUGCCGGGCUGAUCACAGCCUCCUGCUGGACAGGGCCUCGGCCGAGAGUCCUCGGAGCCCGGGACACUUAGCAAGCAGCAGGAGCCUCCAUCUGUCAGAGCCGGGCUCGGGCCGCCAGCCGUCGCUGCGGCCGCACGUGCACAAGCAGACGGAGAAGACGACCCGGGUGCGGACGGUUCUGAACGAGAAGCAGCUGCACACGCUGCGGACCUGCUACGCCGCCAACCCGCGGCCCGACGCGCUCAUGAAGGAGCAGCUGGUGGAGAUGACGGGCCUCAGCCCCAGGGUCAUCCGCGUCUGGUUCCAGAACAAACGCUGCAAAGACAAGAAGAAGUCCAUCCUCAUGAAGCAGCUGCAGCAGCAGCAGCACAGCGACAAGACGAGCCUGCAGGGCCUCACCGGGACCCCUCUGGUGGCCGGCAGCCCCAUCCGACAUGAGAGCGCAGUGCAGGGCAGUGCCGUGGAGGUCCAGACUUAUCAGCCCCCCUGGAAAGCACUCAGCGAGUUUGCCCUACAAAGUGACCUAGACCAGCCAGCCUUCCAGCAACUGGUGUCCUUCUCUGAGUCAGGCUCCCUGGGGAACUCCUCUGGCAGCGACGUGACCUCCUUAUCCUCCCAGCUCCCGGACACUCCGAACAGCAUGGUGCCCAGCCCGGUGGAGACGUGAGGAGCCUGGGGCCUGCGGGCCCCCUGUCCCGUGGAUCUAGCAUGCUCCCUGCAUGAGACUCACCCAUGCUCAGGCCAUUCCAGCUCUCUGAAAACCCUCUCUCCUUUUAAUUAUUAUUGUUAUUUAAAGCAAAGAGAGAGAAAGCGAGAGAGAGACGCGAGAGAUACUGUCUUGACUGCCAAAAGCACCAGGAUGUGACCUUCCUUCUGCAGACCGGAGAACCCCUUCUCUGCUGGGCUUAUUUUUGCAAAACCCAAAUUGAGGAUUUACUAGGAUUAGGCCUUCCCCCUCCCCUCUCCUCCCCCAGUACACCAUGUAAUCCGGCUUUCUGACUCUCCCCAUCCCAACUCACCUGGUGACUUAGAAAGAAAAUCGAUUUCCAGCCAGAAGCUGGGGAAGGCUGACCUCUCCCUUUCUCCCUCUGACCCACUCAGGGCUUUGGGGUCAACUUGGCUUCAACUGGCCGCUCCCUUUUUGGUUUGCUGGUGGUUGUUUUCUUAAGUGCUUUUGUUGGUUAGGGAUGGGGGGAGGGCUAAGGAAGAACACAAGGAGAGAAUGCCCAAAGCCCUAAAUCGCAUGAUUGCUGGAAAACCAAAACGAAACUGAACCAAACCCCAAAUAUAUGGAGAAAGAGA